CGACAUGUGGCGGCGCGGCUGAGCGGAGCGGAGGGGGAGAAAAGGGAGGGCACGCGCGGGGAGGGAAGGGAGGAGGCCAGACAAGGCGGGGGGAGGGGGAGCAGCGGUGGCGCAAGUCGCGCGGAGCAGCGCAGCCCGGGUCCGCUCUCUGCUCCGCCGCCACCUCCCGACCCGGCGGGUAGAGCCGGCGCCCCAGCGACCUCCGGAACAACUCAAAGCGGACUAAGGAGUCCAUGUUGGGGAACUUGGCGUCGUGACGGGGACCUAGGGACCUGCAGUGGGGCCGCCGCCGCUGGAGCAAGCGCCUCGACCUCGGCCUGAGGAAACCCUUUUUCAAGGAGAAAUGAAGAAGAAAACUAUAUAUACCCUAAAUGUGGGAGAUCAGGAGUAUGAAGAUAUGGAAGGUGAAGAAAACAAAGAUAAUACUGCUACCACUGGUUUGUUGUACAGUGAAGCUGACAGAUGUCCAAUAUGUCUUAAUUGCCUGUUAGAGAAAGAAGUUGGUUUUCCAGAAAGCUGUAAUCAUGUCUUCUGCAUGACCUGUAUUCUUAAAUGGGCAGAGAUACUGGCUUCAUGUCCUGUUGACCGAAAACCUUUUCAGGCAGUGUUUAAGUUGAGUGCAUUGGAAGGUUGUGUUAAGGUUCAAGUAAAAAGACAGUUGAGAGAAACAAAAGACAAGAAAACUGAAAGCUCUUUAAAGAAGCAGCUCUCCUGUUGUGAAAAUUCUAAAAGCUGUAUGAGAAAAAAAGUCCUAAAAGAAGAUCUGUUAAAUGCAAAACUUAAUGACUUGAAGAUGACACAUAGAAAUUCUACACACAGUGAAAUGAAAGGAAAGAAAAAUGCAACAAUUAAAAUAAAUAAGCCUCGAAGAUCAAAUCAGUGUACCAGUCAGUGCUUCAGAAAUAUUUUCUCCAAUAUGUUUUCUUCUAGUAAUCACACUGGAGAAUCUUCUUUUACCUGUAGAACUUACUGUACAGAAUUUAUAGAAAUCGAUGAAAUGAGUGCAUUGAUUAGACAGAAGAGACAGGAAUUGGAAUUGUCAUGGUUUCCUCAUACAUCACCUGGAAUUGGAAGAAUUGGUUUUAUACCCUGGAAUAUUGAAACACAAGUGCUUCCUCUCAUCUCUUCUGUGUUGCCAAGAACUAUUUUUCCAACAAGUACCAUAUCUUUAGAAAAUUUUGGUACCUCUUGCAAGGGAUAUGCAUUAGCACAUACUCAAGAAGGAGAAGAGAAGAAGCAAACUUCUGGUACAUCAAACACGAGAGGAACAAGACGAAAACCUGCAGCAACAACUCCUACAAGGAGAUCGACACGUAACACAAGAGCUGAAACAGUCAGUCAGUCUCAGAGAUCCCCAGUAUCAAAUAAUUCUGGGUGUGAUGCCCCAGAUAACAACAAUCCAUCUGUAAGUGUUUCCUCUUCAGCUGCGUCAGAAAAGCAAACAAGACAGGCUCCAAAACGGAAGUCUGUAAGAAGAGGAAGAAAACCACCUUUAUUGAAAAAGAAACUUAGGAGCUCUGUACCUCCCCCUGAAAAAUCAUCUUCCAGUGAUUCAGUAGAUGAAGAAACAGCAGAAUCUGACACACCACCUGUGUUAGAGAAAGAGCCCCAAUCAGAUGUAGAAAGUAGUAACAGUUGUACCAUGCAGGCAAGUGUAGAAAAUGAGUCUGCUAAUGACUUGAGAAGUUGCAGUGAGCAGGUAGAAGAAAGUGAGGACCAUUCUGAGAACCGUGAUACAGAAGCAGCAGUGGAAUCUCCGUAUUCUGAGUCUUAUACCCAAGGUCCUCCCGUACCAGUUGGAGAGGAGGAGGACAUUCAGAAAGUUGAGAAUACAAGUAUGGAGGCUAAUGUUUUAUGUUUAGAAAGUGAGACUCCUAAAAAUAUUUCUGGAAAAGGAGAUGAUCCAUUAGAAAAUCAAGACCAAACAUCUGGACCUUCAGAAUCAGAGGUAAAGGUGGAUAAAUGUACAAAUCAUCGUUCAAAUGAUUUUCUUCCAUGUUCAGGAUCUGAAAUUAAAGUAGACGAACCUGUACCAAGCUUAGGUGAGUUACCAGAGAACGCAGAGUCAGUGGUUAAUAAAGAAAAAGUUAUGCAGAGUCCUGUAGUAGAAAUUAUUGAUCAUAAAGAUUCAACAGUAAAAACAGAACAGCUUGUAGACAGCCCCAAAUUAGAAUCUUCUGAGGGUAAAAUUAUGCAAACAGUGGACAAAAAAUCCAUAGAGUGCUCAGAGGUUCAGUUGCCUGGUCAUGUUGAAACUGAAGAUGUAGAAAUAAUUGCAGCAUGUGAUACUUCAGAGAAUGAAAAUUCCAAUAGUAUUCAAGACUCUGAAAAUAAUUUAUUAAAAAAUAAUACCAAAUUAGACAGAUGUUUAGGAGAAAAGACUGAAUCUCCUAUUGAACAUCCCAAAUCUACAGAAUUGCCUAACACACAUAUUGAACAAAUUCAGAAGCAUUUUAGUGAGGACAAUAAUGAAAUGAUACCUAUGGAAUGUGAUUCAUUUUGCAGUGACCAGAAUGAAUCUGAAGUUGAACCUUCUGUAAAUGCUGAUACUAAACAGUUGAAUGAAAAUUCUGUGGAGCACAGUUCUCAAAGUAAUAUGCCAUCUUCUGAUCCUGCCAGUGGAAAAGCUGAAACUGUAUCUCAACCAUCUGAAAGCCCAGUAGAUGUGACAGAGAAAGCCAAAAAGCCUCGUACUCGAAGAUCUAGAUUUCACUCCCCCUCUACAACUUGGUCUCCCAACAAAGAUACUGCACGAGAAAAGAAGCGGUCUCAGUCUCCAUCUCCCAAAAGAGAAGCUGGAAAGGAAAGCAGGAAGUCUCAGUCACCAUCUCCCAAGAAAGAAUCUGCAAGAGGACGUAGAAAAUCUCGUUCUCAGUCCCCAAAACAGGAUAUCGCAAGAGAAAGGAGACGAUCUCAGUCUCGAUCUCCAAAAAGAGAUAGUACAAGGGAAGGCAAAAGAUCUGUAUCACUCUCCCCCAAAAGAGACACUUCUAGAGAAAACAGAAGAUCUCAGUCAAGAGUGAAGGAUUCCUCCCCAAGGGAAAAAUCCAGGUCCCGGAGCAGAGAAAGAGAAAGUGAUAGAGAUGGGCCAAGGAGAGAGCGAGAUCGAGAAAGAAGAACCAGAAGAUGGUCUAGAUCCAGAUCUCGUUCUAGGUCACCAUCAAGAUCUAGAACAAAAAUUAAGAGUUCAUCAUUUGGUAGAAAUGACAGAGACACUUACUCUCCUCGGUGGAAGGAAAGAUGGGCAAAUGAUGGUUGGAGAUGUCCACGAGGAAAUGAUCGGUACAGAAAGAAUGACCCAGAGAAACAGAAUGAAAAUACAAGAAAGGAAAAAAAUGACAGUUCAGAUGCUGAUGAUCCAAAUUCUGCUGACAAACAUAGAAAUGACUGUCCCAGUUGGGUAACAGAAAAAAUAAAUUCUGGGCCUGAUCCAAGGACCAGGAAUCCAGAAAAGUUAAAAGAUCCUCACUGGGAAGAAAACAGAAAUGAAAAUUCAGGGAAUUCUUGGAAUAAAAACUUUGGUUCAGGUUGGAUGUCUAACCGUGGUAGAGGUAACCGUGGCAGAGGCACUUACAGAGGUGGUUUUGCCUAUACAGAUCAAAAUGAAAAUCGGUGGCAAAACCGAAAACCCCUCUCAGGGAAUUCAAAUAGUUCAGGGAAUGAGUCUUUCAAGUUUGUGGAACAACAACCCUAUAAACGGAAAAAUGAGCAAGAGUUUUCAUUUGAUACACCGGCAGAUAGAUCUGGGUGGACAUCUGCAUCUAGUUGGGCUGUGAGAAAGACUCUACCAGCAGAUGUGCAAAACUAUUAUUCCCGACGAGGGAGGAAUUCUUCAGGUACACAGUCUGGAUGGAUGAGACAAGAAGAGGAAACAACUGAACAAGAUUCUAACUUAAAAGACCAAACAAACCAACAUGGAGAUGGUUCUCAGCUACCUAUAAAUAUGAUGCAACCACAAAUGAAUGUAAUGCAGCAACAGAUGAAUGCACAACAGCCUAUGAAUAUCUUCCCAUAUCCAGUGGGUGUUCAUGCUCCUUUGAUGAACAUCCAGCGCAAUCCAUUUAACAUUCAUCCUCAGCUACCCUUGCAUCUGCACACAGGCGUGCCUCUCAUGCAGGUAGCUGCUCCUACCAGUGUAUCUCAGGGACUCCCACCACCACCACCCCCUCCCCCACCAUCCCAACAAGUCAGCUACAUUGCUUCACAGCCAGAUGGAAAGCAGUUGCAGGGUAUUCCUAGUGCUUCUCAUGUAAGUAACAGCAUGAGUACACCCGUCUUGCCUGCUCCAACAGCAGCCCCAGGAAAUUCGGGAAUAGUUCAGGGACCAAGUUCUGGUAAUACUUCGUCAUCAAGUCACAGCAAAUCCUCUAAUGCUGCUGUAAAAUUGACAGAGAGCAAAGUAAGUGUUACAGUGGAAGCCAGCGCAGAUAGCUCGAAGACAGACAAGAAAUUACAAAUCCAAGAAAAAGCAGCACAGGAGGUAAAAUUGGCCAUUAAGCCAUUUUACCAAAAUAAAGAUAUCACCAAGGAAGAAUAUAAAGAGAUUGUACGGAAAGCAGUAGAUAAAGUUUGUCAUAGUAAGAGUGGAGAAGUAAAUUCUACUAAAGUGGCAAAUCUGGUUAAAGCCUAUGUAGACAAAUACAAAUAUUCACGGAAGGGAAGCCAAAAGAAAACUCUGGAAGAACCUGUGUCUACCGAAAAAAACAUAGGUUGAAAUGGGGAGCACUAUAAAGGACACUGUCAAGAUAUCUGCAAAGUGCAAUUUCAACAUGUACCUUUAACUGAAAAUCAUACAUAACUGUGAUUGAAAUUUGGUUUUGAUAAAAUUAUUUUUUUUAAUGUAGAAUAUAAAAUUUUGUUCUAAAUAAAUAUAGUUCUGCACUGCAACUUCUUUAUCCUUUCCUCCUCCCGAAAAUAAAAGCAAAUUCAAGGGGAAGUAAAGGGGUUAAAGGAGUGUGCAUUUUUACUAAGACUGUGUUAUAGUAUGGAUACUGGAAGAUGUACAGCUUUUUGAUUUGAAUAAUGGAGUGCAUAAAUUAGAGUCUUCUAAAGUGCACUGGUUUUGGAAAAGAUAUAUAUAAUACAUUUAUUCUGUCAGGCUAAAAAUAAAGUAUGAUCUUUAUGAUUUUUCCCUCUAAUUAUAGAAAGUUAAAUAAUGUAUUACCAUGAAAAAUAUUUCUAAUAACAGAAUAUACCAAUUGCAGGGUUCCUAAUAUGUAUUUUUAAAGUACACAUCUGAAUAAAUUGCCUAGAUAGAAAACAGAUUAUCACAUGAGUAAAAUUCAGUGUUCAAAACUUUGGAACACUGUUAUUGUAUCACCAAAUAAAGGUUAUGCUGCUUGUUUUUCUUUUGUGCCUUUUUUUCCCCCCCAGUUGAGAUGAAGCAGUUUGAUUUGCUAGAUUUACAACUAUGGAAGUCUAAAACUCUGUUGAAUUUAACAGACCAGUUUGGAAAAAGUGUUCGUAUGUAAGAAUUUGUAAAAAUUAUGUUCUUUCACGAUACCUCCCACCUAUCAGAGAAAUGAUAAAUUAUUUGUGCCAACUGGAGAGUUGCUGUUGAGUAGUGACCCUCCCUUCCUUGGGACGAAGGUAGAAUUACAAAACUCACUUCAGUGGCUUUCAGUUGCUCAUCUAUCUAAUCACUAAUGAAAUUCUUUUCACACUUGAGAAGUCUCCAAAUGCUUUACAGUGAAUAAAGUGUUAAUUAGGU